CGAAUCUCACGAAUAUAAAACAAAAAAUAGUGCUUGUGAUAAACGGUAUUUUGAGCUUUAACAAGUUACAUGAUAUAGGCCGUCCCAUUUUGGAGUUGUGGCACAAUCGUGUGGAGUCUUCCAUCCGUACAUACAGUCGGACCAGUUAUACGAGGACGGACGAACGCUUCAUGCAGGCAGCACGCAUCCUCAAGCCGGACGUGAGCACCCCCAGUUUCGUGCCCGCACGACAAAGGCAAUUUUGUGCGCUCCGAGUUGGGACCUCAUCCAUAUUGAUCUCCCUGUGCGCGAGUGACUUUGGAGGGUGCCUCUCGGAAGGAAAACUCCAGGAGUAGGGAAUGAAAGCGCCAGCACUGUUCUCGCUGUCUCUCCUCUCUCUCCUCUCUCUCUUCCUGUCAAGCUCCUGGGCGGCCGACUCCGAGGAGAGGCUGGUGGACUACCUGCUGGGCCCCGAGCGCUACAACAAGCUCAUCCGGCCGGCCGUCAACAAGAGCCAGCAGGUCACCAUCGGCAUCAAGGUGUCCUUGGCCCAGCUCAUCAGCGUGAAUGAGAGGGAACAGAUUAUGACCACUAAUGUUUGGCUCUCACAGGAGUGGAAUGACUACAGACUUAUGUGGGAUCCGGAUGAGUAUGAGGGAAUUAAAAAACUACGAAUCCCAUCUCAGCUCAUCUGGCUUCCUGAUAUUGUUCUCUACAACAAUGCCGAUGGUGUGUAUGAGGUGUCCUACUACAGCAACGCUUUGGUUGCCAACACAGGCGACAUCUUCUGGCUGCCCCCUGCCAUCUACAAGAGUGCCUGUGCCAUCGAGGUGAAGGACUUCCCCUUUGACCAGCAGAACUGCACCAUGAAGUUCCGCUCGUGGACGUACGACCACACCGAGCUGGACCUGGUGCUCACCUCGGACUUUGCCAGCCGCGACGACUACAUGCCCAGCGGCGAGUGGGACAUCGUCUCGCUGCCCGGCCGCAAGAACGAGGACCCCAACGACAUCACCUACCUGGACGUCACCUACGACUUUGUCAUCAAGCGCAAGCCGCUCUUCUACACCAUCAACCUGAUCAUCCCCUGCGUGCUCAUCACCUCGCUGGCCAUCCUGGUCUUCUACCUGCCGUCGGACUGCGGCGAGAAGAUGACCCUGUGCAUCUCCGUGCUGCUGGCGCUCACCGUCUUCCUGCUGCUGAUCUCCAAGAUCGUGCCGCCCACCUCUCUGGCCGUGCCGCUGAUCGGCAAGUACCUGAUGUUCACCAUGGUGCUGGUGACCUUCUCCAUCGUGACCAGCGUGUGCGUGCUCAACGUGCACCACCGCUCGCCCAGCACGCACCGCAUGCCCGACUGGGUCAAGCGCGUCUUCCUGCACCGGCUGCCCGUCUUCCUGUUCAUGCGCCGGCCCGGCAGCUCCAACGUGCGCGAGAGGUUCCGCCGGCGGCACCAGAGGAAGUCCUUCUCCGCCGCGCCGUCCGAGGGCCGCUCCUCGCGCCAGACCGAGGUGGACACUCUGUACCUGGGCGACGAGCCGGGCGGACUGGUGGGGGGCCGCUGGUGCCUGGGGGAGCUGCCCGAGGGCUCCGAGGUCAGACAGAGGGUCAGGGUGAAGCGAGACGUGGCCGUGGACGAGGCCAUCGAGGGCGUCAGGUUCAUCGCCGAACACAUGAAGAUGGAAGAUGAUGAUGAAGGGAUCAUAGAAGACUGGAAGUACGUAGCCAUGGUGAUUGAUCGUCUCUUCCUCUGGAUCUUCAUCCUUGUGUGCGUGACCGGAACCCUCGGCCUCUUCGUCCAGCCACUGUUCCAGAGCUAUAACACCCCAGUAGCAGAGGAUGAGUAUUCAGGAGAUUUCUGAGCGCUCAGACAGACGGCAGGCAGGCAGACCCUCAUCACCCCAUCAGCAGUCCUUAGAGAGCACCGUCAUCAUCCAGCCUGUCACUCAAAUGCUCCAGCAAUUACACACACACACACACACACACACAACUGCACAUGGAACAUAGCUGAAACACACAACCCUAACCCUAUUUGACCCCAGUGACUCAGGAUAUUGCAAACACUGAUGCAUACACAAGACCAAAUACUG